CAACAAUUUACACUGAUGAAGAAUUGAAGUUCUGAGGAAAAGCAAACGCGAAGAGCAUUAAAAGUAUUACAGAGAUUUGUUUAGAUUAAAUACAGAAACACACACACAAUGGACAAUCCGAGUUCACCGCCACCAAAUACACCCAGCGAUGCCGGCGAGCGACGAGAUUUGCGGGCUGCGAUGACUUCGCCUGUUGGUGAUUUUGAGCCCUUCGAGAACGAGGAUGAAAUACUCGGGGAUCAAACGGUGCGCGACGAGGAGGAGGAGGAUGGCGAGGAACUCUUCGGCGACAAUAUGGAGAACGAUUAUCGUGAGAUGCCCGAGCUGGAUCACUAUGAUCCGGCCAUGCUCGAUGACGAGGAGGACUUCUCGGAGAUGUCACAGGGUGAGCGCUUCGCCGCUGAAACAGAGAUGCGUCGACGAGAUCGUGCCGCUGGGCUGCAUCGCGAUGACCGCGAUCUGGUCUUUGGCCAAUCCGAUGAGGAUGAUGAGGAUGAGGAUGCAAUGGGUCCACGUGCCAAACGACGUGCGGGCGAAAAAGCAGCCAUUGGCGAAAUGGAAGACACCGAAAUGAUUGAAUCGAUUGAGAAUCUGGAGGAUACCAAAGGCCAUUCGACCAAGGAGUGGGUUAGUAUGCUCGGACCACGCACAGAGAUUGCCAAUCGUUUUCAGUCGUUUCUGCGCACCUUUGUGGAUGAGCGGGGCUCCUACACGUAUAGGGAUCGAAUACGCCGGAUGUGUGAACAGAAUAAAUGCUCUUUUGUGGUGGCCUACACGGAUUUGGCCAACAAGGAGCAUGUUUUGGCCUACUUUCUGCCAGAGGCGCCUUUCCAGAUGCUGGAGAUCUUUGACAAGGUGGCCAAGGAGAUGGUGUUGUCCAUAUUCCCGACAUAUGAGCGGGUUACGACAGAGAUUCAUGUGCGCAUCUCGGAAUUGCCUCUGAUCGAGGAGCUGCGCACCUUUCGCAAGCUGCACCUCAAUCAACUUGUGCGCACCUUGGGCGUGGUUACGGCCACAACUGGUGUGCUGCCCCAGCUAUCUGUCAUUAAAUACGAUUGCGUCAAGUGUGGGUAUGUCCUGGGACCCUUUGUCCAGUCACAGAAUACGGAAGUGAAGCCCGGUUCUUGCCCGGAAUGCCAGAGCACGGGUCCCUUCUCCAUUAACAUGGAGCAGACGUUGUAUCGCAACUAUCAGAAGAUCACGCUGCAGGAGUCGCCAGGACGCAUACCAGCUGGUCGCAUACCACGCAGCAAGGAUGUCAUUUUGCUCGCCGAUCUCUGCGAUCAGUGCAAACCCGGCGAUGAACUGGAAGUCACUGGCAUCUACACAAAUAAUUAUGAUGGCUCCUUGAAUACGGAUCAAGGUUUUCCCGUCUUUGCCACGGUUAUCAUAGCGAAUCACAUUGUUGUCAAGGACUCCAAACAGGUGGUGCAAUCCCUGACGGAUGAGGAUAUAGCCACUAUUCAGAAACUGAGCAAAGAUCCACGAAUUGCCGAACGUGUUGUCGCGUCCAUGGCGCCAUCGAUUUAUGGCCAUGAUUAUAUCAAGCGAGCCUUGGCCUUGGCUCUCUUUGGCGGCGAGUCCAAAAAUCCUGGCGACAAGCACAAGGUGCGUGGCGAUAUCAAUAUGUUGAUCUGUGGUGAUCCCGGCACAGCCAAAUCACAAUUCCUCAAGUACACAGAGAAAAUUGCACCCAGAGCAGUGUUCACAACCGGACAGGGAGCAAGUGCUGUGGGUUUGACGGCCUAUGUCCGAAGGAAUCCCGUUUCCAAAGAGUGGACACUCGAGGCUGGAGCACUCGUCUUGGCGGAUCAGGGAGUCUGUUUGAUUGAUGAAUUCGAUAAGAUGAAUGACCAAGAUCGCACUUCCAUCCACGAGGCCAUGGAACAGCAAUCGAUAUCCAUAUCGAAGGCAGGCAUUGUUACCUCCUUGCAGGCCAGGUGCACAGUGAUUGCUGCCUCGAAUCCGAUUGGGGGUCGUUAUGAUCCAUCCAUGACCUUCUCGGAGAAUGUGAAUCUCUCAGAGCCCAUCUUAUCGCGUUUUGAUAUCCUGUGUGUGGUUAAGGAUGAAUUUGAUCCGAUGCAGGAUCAACAGUUGGCCAAAUUUGUGGUCCACUCGCACAUGAAGCAUCAUCCCAGCGAGGAGCAGCAACCAGAAUUGGAGGAACCCCAGCUCAAGACGGUCGAUGAGAUACCACAGGAUCUGCUACGACAGUAUAUCGUCUAUGCCAAGGAGAAUAUACGACCCAAACUUACGAACAUUGACGAAGACAAGAUUGCCAAGAUGUAUUCGCAGUUGCGUCAGGAAUCGUUUGCAACGGGCUCAUUGCCGAUCACAGUGCGUCACAUCGAGAGCGUGAUUCGGAUGGCGGAGGCACAUGCUCGACUGCAUCUGCGCGAGAAUGUGCUGGAGGCGGAUGUGAGCAUGGCGAUACGUAUGAUGCUGGAGAGUUUCAUCGAGGCACAAAAGUUCAGUGUGAUGAAGAAGAUGCGCAACACAUUCCAAAAAUAUUUGGCCUUCCAGAAAGAUCACUCCGAGCUGCUGUUUUUCAUCUUGCGCCAGCUUACCCUGGAUCAGUUGGCCUACAUCCGUUGCAAGGAUGGACCCAGUGCCACCCAUGUGGAGAUCAUGGAAAGGGAUUUGAUCGAGCGUGCCAAGCAGCUGGACAUUGGCAAUCUGAAGUCGUUCUACGAAUCGGAACUGUUUCGCAGCAAUGGCUUCUCCUACGACCCCAAGCGACGCACCAUUCUACAGAUUGUCGUCGAUGGCGCUGCUUAAAAUUAAUUAUUUAAUUAACUCAAAUAUAUAUUUUCAUGUUAUUUCAGCUCAUUUAGUGUUAGUCUCGCCAGCCAUUGUUUCCAUUCUUUAUAUAUGUCAAAUAAAAAACAGAUUUCUCGAUAAAGAUA